AUGGCACCGGUCUAUAAAGUUGCCCUGGUGCAGUUGCAUCCGAAGCCUCUGUCGCCGGCCGAGAAUUUCCGCAAGGCCGCAUCUUACAUCACAGAUGCUGCUCGUGAGGGCUGUCACCUGGCCGUUUUGCCCGAGUACCAUCUCACCUCCUGGGCCCCGGACGCGCCAGGCUUCCGGGCAUCUUGUGCCGAGUCGGCAGCAUAUCUGGAAAGGUACCGGCAGCUAGCAAGCGAGCUCCGAAUCUGCAUCGUGCCCGGCACGAUCGUCGAGCCGGCCGGUGAGUCCCUCCACAACAUCGCAUACUUCAUAUCCUCGGACGGCGGGGUCCUGGCGCGAUAUCAGAAGAAGAACCUGUGGCACCCGGAGCGGCGGCACCUGGUAUCAUCUGCCCAGGAGCCGCACACGGCUUUCGACACGCCUUUAGGGCGGGUGGGGCUGCUGAUAUGCUGGGACCUGGCUUUUCCCGAGGCCUUCCGGGAGCUCGUCGCGGACGGCGCCGACAUCAUCUGCGUGCCUUCGUUCUGGAGCCUGAAGGACGUGUCGGACGCGGGGUACAGUCUCAACCCGGACAGCGAGGCGCUGUUCCUUAACAGCACCAUAGUCAGCCGGGCAUUCGAGAACACGUGCGCCGUCGUGUUCGUCAACGCGGGCGGUCCGCCCGAGAAAGGAGAGAAGACCAACUUUGCGGGGCUAAGUCAGGUCGGCGUGCCCCACAUCGGCCCCCUCGGAAGGAUGGGACGGUCCGAAGGGGUUUCGGUUGUCGACUUGGAUAUGAACGUGCUAAAGAUCGCCGAGGACAACUACAAGGAGAAAUUCACCAGUUUCUACCCCGAUCCUCGCAAGCUUCCCCUCUUAAGGUGCUGGAGUGAGGCAGCUAGCAUGCAAUUGAAACAAUCUGAGAGUAGCAGCGGCACCCUUGCGGACCAGAUAACCAUGCCGGAAACCAAGACAUCCCGCGCUGAGUUCACCAGACGGUCUUCGUGCCUACCCUUCGGCCAGCCGGUGCCCCUAUCUUCGAUAUCCGGCCCUACCUAUGUCACCGGCCAGGUUCUCGUCCAGCAGAUCGCCUACGCGCUGUCCGACAAGAUCUUUUCGUACUCGCCCGAGACCUUCGACCUCGAUGUUGCCGCGAAGGACUGGGCGAGAGACGGGCAGAAGAAUAUCCACGGCUAUCCUACCUCCGUCUUGCCCCUCCAGACUCGCUCCGGUGCCGGCACAUUCGCCCUAGGCUACAUUUUUUCCAAGGAUUUCGACCUCAGCAAGCGACAUGUCCCCCAGACUUUGCUGGCGCCGUCGCUUAGCUUGCGUCACCUACGCACUGCUCUGGACCAGCUGGCUUUGCUUUACGGAGUAGCAAGUCCUUUCGUCGCCCACGUCGCCGCUGCCGAUUAUGUGUCGGAUGCAGGCCUCGUCACGGAAUAUGGUACAGCGUUGCAGCUUUCCGAAGAGCUCGGGCUGGGGCUUGUGUCGAGCGCUUCCGCCUACGAGGCUCAGCACAUUUCGCUCUUCGCCACCUUGAUGGCUAAGGUUUUGCCUACUAUCCACAUCUACGAUGGCGUCCGCACGUCCCGCGAGACGCUAAGGGUUAUUGACCUCUUGAGCCAAGUCGGUGUCGCCGACAUAUUCAAGAAGAUCUCUACGGCUGCGGAAAACUUGAACAAGCGCCUCGAUGAUGCUGGAAAGGUCCUUGAGCUCCUUCAAGCCUUCAACGAUGAACUAGGAACCGACUACGAACCCUUCGAGUAUGUCGGGCACAAUUUGGCCGACACCGUCUAUGUGGUAUUUGGUAGCGUCGAGGCCCAGCUGGCUAAACAGGUGGUGGCCAAGCUUGCCGCCGACGGCUUCAAGGUCGGAGCUGUCGUGGUCAGGGUUUACCGGCCCUUCAUUGAAGAGGCCUUCGUCAAGGUUCUCCCUCUAUCUGUGCAGACUAUUGCAGUUCUUGGGCAGGUGGCAAACGAAUCUGCCGUAUCGGAUGCUUCGAUCCAAUCGGUGCUGUAUUCAGAUGUGUUAACGACAGUCUCCUUUGCGAGCAAGUGGGACUCAGCCCCAGUUGUGACGGAUAUCAAGUACCCGGCCUCGCACACCUUCACUCCAUCGAGCUUCUUAGCCACCAUCACCCAGGCUGUGAACAAAACAAUGGCCAUUGGCAUCGCCCUUCCCCAGCUUCAGUCCGCGCAGCAGUAUGUAUUCUGGGAUGUUGACAAUUCCGUCGCUCUCUUCGCUCCAACUGUUGCUGGUAAGAUCCUGUCUGGAGAUUCAACCAGCAACAUCUACCUUAGCGAAUCUCACGACAACCGUGUGCAGGGAGGUGUCAUUCGAACCGAUCUGAGAACUUCGAAAAAGACGAUAGAUGCUCCAUUCGCAGUCGAGGAAGCCGACGUGGUUGUAAUAGGCGAAGAGAAGCUAUUGAAAGAGGUUGCUGCGUCUCAGGGCGUCAGAGAUAACGGCAAAUUGCUUGUCAAGCUCUCAAAUUUCAAGGAAGACGAAGCGGAGAAGCGGAUACCUGCUACGAUCCGCAGGGAUGUUCAGGCGAGGAACAUUUCGCUCUUCGUCCUGGACUCGUCUCCGUCCCCAGCCUUUGAAAACGACGUCUCCGCUGCUAGGCUGCUCGUCGAGUUAGCUUUUCUAAAGAUCGUGCAACCCGAAAUCAAACCCGAAACUCUGGAAAAAUUGGCAGCUCUUGAGGCUAAUUUGCCCACCCUGGCCGAAUGCACAGAUGCCCUAAGCAAAUGUGUUAAAUUGCUCGAGGUUCCGCCCUCCUGGGCCGAUGUCGUUGAGGAUGCCCCUAGAAACCUUCCCCGGUCGCUCCAGACGAAUAGCUUCGUGCCAUUCGAGAAGGAGGAGGUCGAGCAAGACUUGACACUCAGCACUUGGGAAUCCGCCGCUAAGGGUCUCGUGUUCAAGGAGGCUUAUGCUACCGACAUUACGUUGCGUCCUGAUUUGACCGUCAAGACAUACACAAUCAACGUCAAGGAGAACCGCAGGCUCACCCCGAUAACCUAUGAUCGGAACAUCUUCCACAUCGAAUUCGACCUUGGCAAUUCCGGCCUCACCUAUAAGAUCGGAGAGGCUCUUGGGAUUCACGCCGAUAAUGACGCCGCUUUGGUUCGUGAAUUUAUUGAUUCGUACGGGUUGGAUGCGGACAGUCUUGUCCAAGUGCCUUCGAGGGAAAACGCGAGGAUCCUGGAGACGAGAACCGUCUACCAGUCGCUGGUUCAGAAUAUCGACGUCUUCGGCAAGCCUCCUAAGCGAUUCUACGAAUCUUUGGCUGAGUUUGCUACGGACGAGAUUGAGAAGAAGAAGCUUACCACUCUCGGCACGCAAGAAGGGGCCGAAGAGUUUAAGCGCCGCGCCGAAGUCGACACGGUCACCUUCGUAGAUGUGUUGGAGGAAUUUAGGUCUGCUCGGCCGAGCUUCCUAGACCUCGUACGCCUGAUAGGGCCUCUGAAGCGCCGCGAGUACUCGAUCGCCUCGGCCCAAGCGGUGACGCCGAAUGCCGUUGCACUUAUGAUUGUUGUUGUCGAUUGGGUUGAUCCUAAGGGACGAACCCGCUACGGCCAGGCGACUCGGUAUCUGAGCCGGCUCCCGGUUGGGGCCGCUGUUACUGCGUCCGUGAAGCCGUCGGUAAUGAAGCUGCCGACACGCGACGAUGCUCCUCUCAUCAUGGCUGGUCUCGGUACCGGGCUCGCGCCGUUCAGGGCUUUCAUCCAGUAUCGCGCGAUGCAGAAGGCCGAGGGCAAAGACAUUGGUGCCAUUCUUCUGUAUCUGGGCUCCCGCCACCAGCGAGAGGAGUACCUCUACGGCGAGGAAUGGGAAGCCUAUCUCGACGCGGGCGUCAUCACGCUUCUCGGCGCGGCGUUCUCCCGAGACCAGCCCCAGAAGAUUUACAUCCAGGACCGCAUGCGGCAGACGCUGAGCGAUGUCGUCCAGGCCUACAUCAAGGACGAGGGAUCCUUCUACCUCUGCGGCCCGACAUGGCCGGUGCCGGACGUCACGGACGUACUCAAGGAGGCCAUCGUCGCGGAGGCGAAGGCAAGCGGGAAGAAGAUUGAUGCGACGAAGGAGAUCGACCGCCUCAAGGAAGACGGCCGGUACGUGUUGGAGGUUUACUAG